AUGCAUAGAGGGAUAAAGAGCAAAGAACGCAUGCGGAGGGGUGGUGCCGAUGUAGCCUCCCCAGCAGCAGCUGCUGCAGCAACUGCAGCAACAGCAGCAGGAACAACAGCAACAACAGCAGCAGCAGCAGCAGCAGCAGAACAAUCGCAGAUAAUAACACCAAUAGAUGAAUCAUUAUUAUCAGGAGAAGAAGCAGCAUCACUAGAAGACACAGCAGCAGCAGCAGCAGCAGCAGAUACACCACUACCCCCUGGUCCUGUAUGCCACCCAAUACUACUACCUGAAAAGGACCCUCUACAAGAGGACUUAGAGACGGGGGCCCCCCCAACGGAAUUGGGGGCCCCCCAGGGGCCCCAAGAAAUGGGGGCCCUCGAAAAACGUCUACGAGAGGAGGUAGAAGGGGGGCCCCUCGAUGGACAUCUAAGACAGGAAGGAUGGAGGUAUGAGGCUGUACCUAAACAGGAAUAUCUACAGAAUAAGACAUCUGUGGGAUCGGAAUCGGGAUCGGGAUCGGUGGGAUCGGAAUCGGGAUCCAUGGGAUCGGAAUCGGGAUCGAAAUCGGGAUCCUCUUCUGAGGAGUUAGGAUCUGGAUCGUCUCCAGAAGAAUCAUCAGUAUCCGGAGCAUCUCCUGAUGCAUUAUCAUCCCCGGGAUCGUCUCCUGAUGCCUCGGGAUCGAGUGUGGGGUCCUCAACAUCAACAGCAGCAGCAGCAGCAGAAGCAGAAGCAGCAGCAGCAGCAGAAAUAGACUGUAAACCAAUAUAUGAUGAAUAUCGUUAUCCAUCAUCAGCAGAAGAAUUAAAAGAUUGGGUAACAGUAAGUUGGGUAUUAAAUCCUUGUAAAAAGGAGGAAAAAGAGGGAAAAAAAGAGGAAAAAAAAGAUUCUUCCCCUCCUCCUCCUCCUUCUUCUUCUUGUACCUUAUUGAAUGGGGAGGAGCGCCUCCUCCUACAGGUUCUUAAUUUCUUAUUAAUAGGAGAUAAGGCUAGUCCCCUUUAUUCAUCUUUAUCUAAUUAUACACAAUUAGGUGGACCUGCCUAUACACCUGGAUUAGAUCUUGAUCUUAAAUAUGCCAUGUUUACUGUUGGACUUAAAGAUGUACCACAACGAGAAGGAGCAGCAAAAGAAGUAGAGGAAUUAGUAAUAAAUACAUUAAAAGAAAUAAAAGAAAAAGGUUUUUCUUCUCUUUCUUUAUCUGCUGCACUAAAUAAGAUUGAAUUCUUAUUAAGAGAAACACCAAGAGAUCGAUUACCUAGAGGAUUAAUUUUUGCUAGAAAAAUGACACAAGAAAUUGUCUAUAAUAAGGAUCCAUUGAAUGCAUUAGAGUUUGAAGAAACUCUUUGGAAGAUUCGCGAGCGACUUGCAAAAGGAGAAAAAGUCUUCGAGCAACUUAUACAAAAGUAUUUCUUGGAUAAUCCUCAUAGAUUAACAUUAAGAUUAAUAGGUAAUAAAGAAAUAAUAAAAGAAAGAGAAGAAGAAGAAAAAAAAAGCCUAAAAAAAGCAGAAAAAGAAAUGGGCCUCGAGGGUAUAGCAGAAGUUGCUAGAAAACAAGAAGAACUUAAACAAUUACAGGUACUCUAA